AUGACUUAUCUCUCUCAAGAGGCAGAGCGGCCAAAGCGUAUUGGCUCAGUUCCUGGUCAUUUGGUGAUCAAUCGCGGGAGGGAAGAAGCAGAUAGUACUGAUGAAUAUGUUAGGAUCGGUGAGUUAACUGCAAUUGUAUGUUUAAAGAGAUUUUGCAGAGCAAUUGUAGAAGUAUAUGGAGAUGAAUAUCUGAGGACCCCCAAUGUCGACGAUGUUGCAAGGUUAUUGCAAAAGGGCAAAGAAAGAGGUUUUCCAGGAAUGUUAGGAAGUCUAGACUGUAUGCAUUGGCAAUGGAAAAAUUGUCCAACAGCAUGGGCAGGACAAUACUCAGGUCGUCAUGGAGGUCCAACCAUUAUUCUUGAGGCAGUAGCAUCAUAUGAUCUAUGGAUAUGGCAUGCAUACUUUGGCUUACCAGGAUCCAAUAACGAUAUUAAUGUAUUGCAGUCGUCUAAUUUGUUCGACAAUCUAUCACAAGGUAUUGCUCCUCCUGCUCAUUACACAAUUCAAGGAAAAAAUUAUGAUGUCGGUUAUUAUUUGGCCGAUGGCAUAUAUCCGAAAUGGCCAACACUUGUUCAAACCAUUUCUAAUUCCGAUGAUAAAAAGAAACAAUAUUUUGCAAUGAUGCAAGAAGCAUGUCGAAAAGAUGUUGAGCGGGCAUUCGGUGUUCUCCAAUCACGAUUUGCUAUCAUCAAGGGGCCAGCCCGUUUUUGGGAUAAAUGA